CUUCCCAUAAAUUUCCCACUUCCUUCCCCCUCUCUCUUUUACACUCAAAUCCACCACCUUCUUCUUCCAUCACUUCUUACUAUUUUCUUUUCAUCCACCUCCCACUCAACUAAUGCAUCUUCAUCCACAACCUAACUUCUGAUCAGUUCGCACAUACUAUCUGAAGAUGAGAACAGGUAGCUGCGCCUUCCAACAGGGUCUCACCGCCGAAGCUGCAGCCGUAGUCAAGCAAGCCGUGACGCUGGCCAAGCGCCGCGGCCACGCCCAAGUCACUCCCCUUCACGUCGCCAACACCAUGCUCGCCUCCACUAACGGCCUACUCCGAACGGCCUGCCUUCAGUCCCAUUCCCAUCCUCUUCAGUGCAAGGCCUUGGAGCUUUGCUUCAAUGUCGCCCUCAACCGCCUUCCCGCUUCCAAUACCGCGAGCGCCAUGUUAGGUCCCACCGCUCACUACUCUCAUUGCCCUUCCAUCUCCAACGCCUUGGUCGCAGCCUUCAAGCGAACCCAGGCCCAGCAGCGCCGUGGGUCCAUCGAGAAUCAGCAGCAGCCGCUGUUAGCCGUCAAGAUAGAGCUGGAGCAACUCAUCAUUUCCAUUCUGGAUGAUCCCAGUGUCAGUCGAGUCAUGAGGGAAGCUGGGUUCUCCAGUACUCAAGUCAAAAGUAAUAUCGAGAAAACGGUUUCUGGGGAAAUAUGUUCUCAGAAGGAACAUAACAGUGCCGCCAGAACAUCGGUAUCCGGGGAUCCGGUUAGGUCCGAGGAUGUGUCGAGUGUGAUAGAUAGUUUGAUGAAUCAGAGACGGAGAAGUACGGUUGUCGUGGGAGAGUGUGAGGUUAGUCUUGAAGGUGUAGUACGAGGAGUGAUGGAUAAGGUUGAAAAGGGUGAUGUUGAUGAGAGUAUGAGAGGGGUCAAGUUUGUUUCUCUUACUCGUUCUGCUUUUGGUCAUUUGUCCAAAGCAGAGGUUGAGAACAAGAUUGACGAGCUUAAGAGCAUUAUUAAGAAUAAUCGUCUUGGCAAAGGGCUUAUUUUGUAUAUGGGAGAUCUUAAGUGGUUACUUGAGUACGAAAGUCGAUGGAGCCAGCAAGGAAGGGGGUACUAUUGCCCAGUGGAGCACAUGAAAAUGGAAGUGGGAAAGCUGGUGGGAGGGAUUGGAGAGAAUAACAUAGCAAGGCUGAGGGUGAUGGGAAUAGCUACUUUUCAGACUUAUAUGAGAUGUAAAAAUGGGCAUCCAUCGCUGGAGGCUCUCUGGGGACUUCAUCCUCUUACUAUUCCUGCAGGAAGCCUGCACUUGAGUCUCAUCACUGACACUGACAGUGACCUGCAAAAUCGGUCCUCUAACAAGAAAGCUGAGGGAAACCGAAUAGGCUGGCUGUUACCGGAACCAGUGGAAGAGAAGCAAGCGGCUUGCUUGGCCGAGUCUUCACCGAUGUUUGAACUACAAGUUCGAAGCUUGCAGAGUAGCGUUUGUAACAGCGACUCAUCAGCAACUCUCCCUGCAUGGCUCCAACAAUACAAACAUGAGAGUAGAGCAUCCUCCAAUGAUCAGAGCUGCGUUCCAGUGGGAGACGUCUGUAAAAAGUGGAAUUCCAUGUGCAAUGGUCCAGUUCAAAAACAACCCUAUCAUCGUGAACAAACCUUCACAUUUUCCUCUGCAUCACCUUCUUCAUCUCCUUCGGGCUUCUCAUAUAACCCGCCAAGAGACCAGCUUUUCUGGAUCUCUGAAAGUGGCAACAGUAUUAAUAAGCCAAACGAAACAACUCUGAGAAUGUACAUCCCAGAGCAUAACAGCGCCAAACAGUCAUUCCCACCAUACAAUCCCUGUUCAAACCCUAACUCCACUUCAUCCAGCGAUCCCAUGGAAACGGAAUACGUGAGCAAGUUCAGAGAGAUCAAUUCAGAGAAUUUGCAAACCCUAUGCAGCGCCUUGGAGAAAAAAGUCCCGAGGCAGAAAGAUAUAGUACCAGACAUCGUAAGUACCGUUUUGCAGUGUCGGUCUGGCAUAUUAAGAAGAAAGGGGAAGAUCAGAAACAGCGAGGCGAAGGAAGAGACGUGGUUGUUCUUCCAAGGAUUUGAUGUGGAAGCUAAAGAGAAGAUAGCCAGAGAACUGGCUAUGCAAGUAUUUGGGUCCCAGAGCAAUAACGUCGUUUCAAUAGCUUUGAGUAGUUUUUCAUCAACAGGGGCGGAUUCAACAGAGGAAUUUUGCCGAAACAAACGAUCAAGAGACGAACAAAGUUAUUACGUCGAGAGAUUCGGGGAUGCAGUUUCGAGCAAUCCUCACAGGGUGUUUCUGCUGGAGGACAUAGACCAAGCGGAUUAUUGUUCUCAAUUGGGUUUGAAAAGGGCCAUUGAAAGAGGAAGAAUAAUGGACUCAAAUGGCAAACAGGUUAGUCUUUGUGAUGCAAUAAUCAUUUUCAGCUGUGAAAGUUUCAGCUCGAGGUCAAGAGCGUCCUCUCCGCCGGUUAGGCAAAAGUUGUUAUCUGAAGCAUCUGAGGAGAAGGAUGAAAAUAUUGCUGCUACGGGGGAGACGGGCCCUUGUGUGUCCUUGGAUUUGAAUAUUUCUAUUGACGAUGACUGUGAUGAGGAUCGGCAAGUGGAUUGCACUGGGCUUCUUGAAUCCGUAGAUAGACGGAUUGUCUUCAAAACUCAGGAAUUAUGAGGGGCUAAAAAUUAUCUGAUUUUUUUCUUUUUUUCUUUUUUUGGUUUUGUUCUUGGUUGCAUCCUGUGACAUGCAUGUCUUUGGAUGCUCAGGCAUUAAGGGCUGGAGGUGAAAAAUUUGCACGCCCCUUAACUAACUCUAUAUAUGUAUAUUAUUACCAACCGUCACAUGUGAUGCGUAUAGAACUUUAAUUUUGGGGAUUAAUUUCUUUCUUUC